ACUGAACUAAGCGACUGGUAUGUGGCGAACUGUUUACAUUGACAUGCAUCUUGAUUUAAAGAACGAUGGCAUGCAAUGGAUAUAUUGAUAUUUUGGUGUCGGAGUGUGCUCACUUUGAUGAACUUGACUGCCCUGAUCCACUAGCCAUGUUGCCAAUGCGACAUGUUUGAAGACAUCAAACUAUUGCCGAAUCCUCACAGCAUGAGGCAGGCGGUGAACAUCGUCAUUGCUGUGGAAAGGAUGAAGCACUUCAAGCAAAUGUCUUCUGCCAAGUUUUGUGAAGAAGCACUGAUCGGCGCACUGAUCUUGGAGAACGUGAUCAAAGGUACCAUUAGCAAAUGUUUAAGCAGCUAGAAUUGUUGGUUUGAUAGUUGGUGAAGACGGUUAGAGCUAGUAGGACCAGCAACAAACCAUAGUGACCACCUUAACCAUUAUAUUGUGUAGCUGGUGAGUUUGACCCAGAUUGAUUGUUGAGUUUUUGGAAAUACUGGUUAACCUAUGAUUAAUCCAUAUUAGGAGACAGGAGACACUGUAGGUAAGAAACUGUCUUAAACAGUGGAAACUGGGGCUAGUUGUCACAAAUGGUUAUUUUAAAUAACUAAUGUUUUCAGUUUCUAGCACUGUCAAACAAUUAACUGUUUUCGUUUACAUAAUAUAUGUGACCCUGGACCACAAAACCAGUCACAAGGGUCAAUUUUUGGAAAUUGAGAUUUAUACAUCAUCUGAAAGCUGAAUAAAUAAGGAUAGGACCAUAUUUGGCCGAGAUACAACUAUUUGAAAAUCUGGAAUUUUGAAAAUCACCUUUAAAUUUAAAUCCAAAGUAAGUUCUUAGCAAUGCAUAUUGCUAAUCAAAAAUUAAGGUUUGACAUAUUUAUGUUAGGAUUUUUACAUAAUAUGUUUAUGGAACAUGAUUUUUGCCAUAAAAGAAAAGCCAAUAAUUUUGACCCAUACAAUGUAUUUUUGGGUAUUGCUACAAACAUACCUGUGCUACUUAAGACUGGUUAUGUGGUCCAGGGUCACAUAUGUGUGUUAAAUAUAUUUAUUUAUAAUAUAAAUUAUAUGAAUAAAAAUAAAUAUAUACAUGUAAAUAUUUUCAAAAUAUAUACUGUAUGUUUGUGGGCGUGUGUGUAUUUAUAUGUACAUAUUAAACAUACUCAGUACACACACAUAUUAUGCAAACAGAAACUUUUAUUUUGGAUGUAAUUCAUUGCAAAUAACUGUUUGACGCCACUAUCAGUUUCAUAAAUUCUUACAUUACUUCCAUGUGUAGUUCAGAACUGUUGUAAAUUAGGAUGAUUCUGUGAAUCCUACAAACAAAAACUUUAAGUUACAACAUAGUAUUGCAAAAGAAGGAAAUAACUGACGUCAAAAAAACCAACUGCGUAAUUUUUUGCAGAACAAAACAAUGGGUAUUUUACCCAUUUACUAUUAGUUAUAAACACCUAUUAACUACACAUUUUAAUUAAUUUAAUUGCUUCUCUGCUUUUUUUUAAAAAAAAACAAACAACAACAACAACAACAACAACAAAAAACUUAAUAAUAAAAUGUGACCCUGGACCACAAAACUAGUUUUAAGUAGCACUGGUAUAUUUGUAGCAGUAGCCAACAAUACAUUGUAUGGGUCAAAAUUAUUGAUUUUCUUUUAUGCCAAAAAUCAGUAGGGUAUUAAGUACAGAUCAUGGUCCAUGAAGACAUUAUGUGAACCAUACCAACCAUAAAUAUAUCAAAAAAUAAUUUUUGAUUAAUAAUAUGCAUUGCUAAUAACUUCAUUUGGACAGCUUUAAAGGCGAUUAUCUCAAUAUUUUACAGUGCCAAUCUAUGUAUGGUAUUAUUUUUUUCAAGAAUUACUUUUAAUGACUUUUUUCCUUGUACUUUAGGACAGUCAAAACGUCUCAAACUGACUUUUAUUUAAGUGAAUACAUAUAUCAAGUGAUCUAUAAUAGGCUUCACAGCUAUAGAUCAUUGGCUGAAUUCAAGUUAUUCUAUGCAUGCAUGAUUUGCAUUUCUUAAAAUGUCUUUUUGAAUAGCCUAAAUCAGGGGUGCUCAAUCCUGGUCCUGGAGAUUGACUUUCCUGCAAAGUUCAGCUCCAAGCCUGGCUCCAAACACACCUGAACCAGCUAAUUAGGAUCUCAAGGAGCACUUGAUAAUUACAGAUAGGCGUGUUUGACUAGGGUUGAAACUAAACUCUGCAGGAAAGUCGAUCUUCAGAAAGAGGGUUGGGCACCCCGACCUAAACUAUUAGAUCCUCACAACAACAUGAGCAACGGCACGCGCGAGUAAAUUAUGCCUUACAGGUCUCUCGCGAGUGACUCAUGUAAUGAAGUAUAGAGUAUAAAACGCACUUCCACCAUCCCUAACACAUUCAACCGAACACUCUUGGAAGAGAAACAACGAUUUAACCAACUCAGUAACUCCAGUGACGGAACUGAACUAAACGACUGAACGAUGGCAUGCGAUGGAUAUAUUGAUAUUUUGGUGUCGGAGUGUGCUCACUUUGAUGAACUUGACUGCCCUGAUCCACUAGCCAUGAGUUGCCAAUGCAACAUGUUUGAAGACAUCGAACUGGAACUGUUGCCGCAUCCUCACAGCAUGAGGCAGGCGGUGAACAUCAUCAUUGCUGUGGAAAGGAUGAAGCACUUCAAGCAAAUGUCUUCGGCCAAGUUUUGUGAAGAAGCACUGAUUGGCGCACUGAUCUUCGAGAACGUGAUCGAAGAGCGUCAGAUUAACCCGCUUAACACACCAGCGACUUACCGUAAGGCCAACCAGACCUUGCAGUGCACCAUUUGCGACAAAUACAAAAAGUCUCUGGUGCUGAGCGACGAACUAAACACUCAAGAUCUUCAUUUGAAGGCCGUGACACUGACUGGAGGAAACAUGAAUUUGAAAGUGCGGUUCAGUAUGUCAGCGUAUUAUACGAGUACCCCACAAAACAUCGGCCAACCUGUGUGCCUGGGAAUCUCCAACAGCAACCUCUACCUUGCUUGCACCAAGUCUGAUGAUUCUUCCUUGCCCAAACUGCUCUUGAAGGAGGUCAGUGGACCCCUAAACAUCAUUAACGUCGGUGACUCGGACGAGUACGACAGCCUGCUAUUCUUCAGGAAGGAGACCGGCACGGCUUACAACACUUUUGAAUCCGUUAAACAUCCCGGAUGGUUCAUUAGCACAGCUUUCGAAGACACCGAGAGGGUGGAAAUGGAGAAGACACCAACUGACCGAACCGUCAACUUCACACUUGAGGAUCAAGUUAAGAUUAGGGCUUGAUCCAUUAACACAUUUCCAGAGAGUAUGUACCAUGUACAGUUAACAUCUGGAUUUAUUCAGAGUUACACACCUGUGAGUUGAUGUAUCUAUCUGUUUUUUUUAACUGUAUUCAUAAGGUUUGUGUUGGAAACGGUAAAUUCAUGUUGAAUUCUUUAAGUAUGAACGUUUGCCUAUGUGCUUAAUUUAAUUGUAUUUAAUUGUUUAAUAUUUAUUUUAAAUUAUUUUUUAAUCAAUUUAUUUUACACAAAUUUUUGCAAUAAAAUCAAGAUACAGAUA